AUGGGUGACUCUCUCAUCGCUCAGCUUGAGCAGGACUUCCGCGCUAUUGAGCAGUCGGACCCGUCGCUUACGGAUGGUUUCAAAAUUGUGUACGACCGGGAGGUGCCGUGUGAGUUGCGCCCGAUGCGCGGCGGGAAUGCUGAGCCUGGGUCACUGGAGGGAAUGAAGGUGAAGGUGCUCUCCUUCGGUGAUGAUCAUAGCCUCUCCACUAUGCGCGUUGAAAUAACGAGUGAAUCGGAUCUUUUCUUUCACUACACUUGCGUCAUUAACCACGCUGGGUUUAUUCGUCUGCGUGAGCACCAAAGUCUCGUCUGCGACUUCCCUGAUUUUCUCAUGACCCUCUUGAAGAUGUUCAACCGCUGUAUUAAGGAGCCGCAGAGGUUUCUUGUUGUCCUUCUGUUGGACGAGAAUGGGACAGCCAACAUGGAGUUUAUAGAAAAUCUCGAGUACAAACUAGUUGGGGUGCUGACACUUCCGUUCCGCGCCUCCCCACCGGAGGUGGUGCGGGAACAGAUUGGGUAUCGGUACAGUGCCGUGCGCGCGCGACUGGCGUUGCUCACCGCCCAGCUGAAGAACUCCAACCUUGUGCUGAAGCCACGGCAAUAG